UGAGGGUCAGCUUGGCGUUUACAGUGUGCAAGCAAAUAUCUUUAUAUUCUUUUCCGCUUUUGUGUCAUAUUUCUGGAAGCCAACAUCAUUAUUUCUAGAUUGCCAGAUCAAGGCCCAGGUUCAUUCUUUCUCCUGUUCCGAACUGCACCAUGCCCCUGCAUUGUUUCAAUACCGCAUGGUUUCCGCUUUCAUUCAUCGACGUUCUCUUUCUCUUUUCCUUUCACUUCAUGUUUCCCAUUUCUCUCGACGACACAUACUCGAAGCGCCGUGGAACCACCAAUCUCUCAGCCCAGCUGCAUUUCCUUGUCUUCACCCUAUCAUGUAUACCCUUUACUAUUUUUCCCUUAAUACUACUGGUGUCAGGAUCAUUCUUCGGUUUUGGGAGGCCUCAUAUAUUGCCAUCUUUGGUGGGUCAGGUUACAUUACAUGUCAGUAAAGCAUAAGAUAAAAAGGAGUAUUAUUGUCCGGGAUAGUCAAUAUCAUCAACUAUACAUAGCAUGAUCGCUUGUCCUAUCUUCC